AUGAUUAUUCAACUAACACCCUCAUUACAAGGCAAAGUUGGUUCAAUUUGGAGUAGAAAAAAAGUAACAAUAGAUAAUGGGUUUCAAUGUGAAUUUACAUUUAAUGUCUCAAGAAGAGGUGCUGAUGGAUUUGCUUUUAUUCUUCAAACAAAUGGAAUUAAUGAAAUUAAGCAAGCUGGGAGUGAGUUGGGCUAUAAUCAAAUGGCAAAUGGUAUAAUUGCAAUAGAAUUUGAUACAUUUAGCAAUCAAGAAAUGGGUGAUCCUUGUUCUAACCAUAAUUCUAUUCAAAGACCAACUCCAAACCAAUCCCUAUAA